GAACUCGCUCAAAUCCUUGUCAGUAGUCGCCGAGCCGCUGCCGGAGUCCGCGCGGGGAUUAUAGCGCUGCUGCUGCUGCUGUUGUUCUUUUCUGGGAGCUGCAGAAUUGUUCGAGCAGCACCACUUUUCUUAACCUACACCCCCCCCCCCUUUUUUUUUUUUUGAUUUAUAGUUUAUUGUUAAAAAGAAGAUUGCCCUUUUUUAAAUUGUGAAAGUGGUGCUGCUAAUUGUGAAACUGGGUCAAUGUUUUGUGGCAAGGGAAAGCCAGUUGACAAGGAACAAACAGAGGAGCUAUGAGCACGGCCAAGCCCAGUGGGCUUAAAGCCCCCAGCAAGAUCGGCAAACCAGCUGGGGCCGGGACCACCAAGACCUCUUCAAGCACAGCUGGUCCAAAAGCCACUGCAGGUGACAAAUCUGACAAAGCUGGGACCGAUGAGAAGGAUGCAGCCGAGGACUUUGAGAUUGGGGACCGUGUUUGGGUCAAUGGUAACAAACCAGGCUUCAUUCAGUUUCUGGGAGAGACUCAGUUUGCUCCGGGACAGUGGGCCGGCAUUGUCCUGGACGAGGCCAUUGGGAAGAACGAUGGCUCAGUGGCAGGAGUGCGCUACUUUCAGUCAGAGCCGUUGAGGGGAAUUUUCACUCGGCCCUCUAAGCUCUCUCGUACUGAGGGCGAGGCUAACGGGACAACAACAGCACCUCCAUCUCCAACUCCCUCCACCACAGCAGCGCCGUCUGUUUCUUCAACCACCAGUACCACCAAAAAAGCAGCCACACCCACAAAACCUGACGCACCAGCCUCAAACCUCACUCGCGCCAACAGCGAGUCCAUGUCCAACCUAUCAGAGACGGGCUCAGUGAAGAAAGGUGAACGAGAGCUUAAGAUGGGUGAUCGUGUCCUGGUGGCUGGUUCCAAAGCUGGUGUAGUGCGCUUCUUAGGAGAGACUGAUUUUGCCAAAGGCGAGUGGUGUGGGGUUGAACUAGAUGAGCCCCUAGGAAAGAAUGAUGGUGCAGUGGCUGGAACCAGGUACUUCCAGUGCCAGCCCAAGUACGGCCUGUUCGCCCCCGUCCACAAAGUGACCCGGAUAGGCUUCCCUUCUACUACUCCAGCCAAGGCAAAGACCACAGUAAGGAAGGUGGUGGCUACACCUGCAGGUUUGAAGCGCAGUCCAAGCACCUCCUCAAUCAGCUCCAUGAGUUCUGUGGCUUCAUCUGUAAGCGGCAAGCCCAGCCGCACAGGACUGUUAACAGAAACAUCAUCACGGUAUGCCCGUAAGAUUUCUGGGACCACAGCACUGCAGGAGGCCCUGAAGGAGAAGCAGCAGCACAUCGAGCAGCUCCUCGCUGAGCGGGACCUGGAGCGGGCAGAGGUUGCCAAGGCAACCAGCCAAGUAGGAGAGAUGGAGGCCAAGAUGGAUCAUCUGCGCACCCUGGUCGAGGCUGCAGAUAAGGAAAAGGUGGAACUGCUGAACCAGCUGGAGGAAGAAAGGAGAAAAGUGGAAGACCUUCAGUUCAGAGUGGAAGAGGCUUGUAUUACCAAAGGUGACUUGGAGACGCAGACCAGACUGGAGCAUGCCCUUCUUAAGGAGCUUGAGCAAAGUCUGCUCUUUGAAAAGACCAAAGCUGACAAACUCCAGAGGGAGUUAGAAGACUCUAGGGUUGCCACAGUUUCAGAGAAGUCUCGAAUUCUGGACCUGGAGAGGGACCUUACUCUUCGCGACAAAGAAGUAGCGGCUCUUCGGCAACACCUGGAGACGUCACCUGGACAGGGGGUUUCUAUUCAGGACCCUGCAGCUGCAGUCCUGCAAGAGGAGCUCAGGCUGCUCCGAGCACAGCUGUCCUCCCAAAGUGCUAGCCAUGAGGCAGAGCAGGGCUCCCUGCGUUCCAAGCUGGAGGCAGAAGAAAAGGCACAUCGUGAGACGUUGGCUCAGCUCCAGGCCUCUUCAGCACUUUUAUCCAAAGACAAUGAGCAGCUUCGCACCCGACUGGCUGAGGCUGAGAAGGAGAACGCAGAGGUCAUUGAGCUUUGGCGCUCCAAGUUAGCGUCCGCCAUCACUUCUCACCAGCAAGCCAUGGAGGAGCUGAAGGCCUCUUCAGGUAUGGGGGCCGACGACUCUCAGGUGAUUGAGUUGGUGGAGUUGAGGGAAGCUUUGGAACGGCUAAAGGAAGAGCACUCGCUGCAGCUGGAGGAAAGCAUAGCCAGGCACAAUACUGAAGUUAAGAAGUGGAUGCAGGAAGGAGAAGAGGUCCGGAAACAGCUGGUUACUGUAACUGAAGAAAAGGAGCGUCUGGUUGAAUCUCUGCGCACUAGCCUAGAGAGCGCAGAGGAGCAGCACCUGGUGGAGAUGGAGGAAGCUCUGGGCAAACUGCACACUGCUGAACUGAGGGUAAAAGAGUUGGAGGAGGAAGGACUCAAGCUGGAACAGCAGGUGCAGGACAAGUCCCGCGAGGUUGAAGACCAGACAGCAAGUCUUCAAUCCCUCCUCUCCCAGAACAGCCAAGGCAACCAGGAGGUUCAGACUCUAUUAGUCCGUCUUGAGGAAACGGAGGGCAGAGCUAGAUCACAAGAUGGAAAGGUUAGUGAGCUGACUUCAGCAUUGGAGGGCAAACAGAAGGAGGUUGAGGGAUUGCAGCAGAGCAUGAUCUCGCUGCAGGAGAGUAAAAACUCUUUGGAGAAAGAGCUUCUUGAUUUGAAAGAACAGCUAACUACAUCUUCAAAUGAAAAAACAGAGUCUUCAAAUGCUAUGCAAAAGUUACAGGAGAUGCUCAGCAAGAAAGAGGAUCAGUGCACAACUCUUUCCACUGAAGCAGAAACGCUAAAAGUACAGCUGUCAGGUCUGGAGACUAAGUUGAAAGCAGGUGAAGAAAAGCUUGACCAGCUUACUAAAGAUAAGGCCAAGCUUGAAAAUGAUAUAAGUGACCUUUUAAAGUCAUCUGGAGACAGCUCGACUCAGCUGACCAAGAUGAUGGAUGAUCUCAAUCUAAAAGAGAGGAGACUUGAAGAACUUCAGAAUCAGCUUUCAGAGCAAAAGGAACUGGUUGCUCGUUCUGAGGAGAGCAGACGUCAGGAGCAGGCCCGAGCUAAGCAGGAGAUGAGUGACUCCUCAGAGAGACAUCAAGAAGAGAAUUCCAAACUUCAAGAAAAGAUCAGACACUUGGAAGUGAAGGUUGAGGAGACUCAAGCUAAAGUUCAAGAAACCCAAGUGUCUGCAGAGAAAGCACUUACCAGUGCCUUAGAGCUUCACUCGAAGGAGUUACAGGAGCUUCGCUGUCAGGUUGAAACCGCACAACAGCAGCUGGGUGUCUCUGAAGAGAUGUGCCAAAAGCUGAAAAAGGAGAAUGAGGAGUUGGUGAUCUUGAGAGAAAAGGUGGAGUCGCUCACUGCUGAAUUGGCUUUCUCCGUGCAAGGGGCUGAGAAGCUUGCUUCUGAGGUUGAGGAUUUAAAGUUAUUGUCUGAACGUCUUUCUAAGGAGAAGGAUGUUCUUCAUGCUCAGAAAGAAGAUGUGGAGAAGCAAAUGGCGGAGUCUCAAGUGAAGAUAUCCAGUCUAGAAUUGGGGCAGACAGAGCUUUCUUCAAAAAAUAAAGAACUAACGGCACUCAGUGAACAAUUAAGCAUUGAUAUAAAGCAACUGCGUUCCACCAGCCAGCUGCUGCAUGAGGAAAAGUUAGCAGUGGACAGUGCAAAAGAAGAACUAGCCAAGGAGGUGCAGAAGUUAAUGCAACUCCUGGAGGAAACGAAAGCUGAGAAUACUGCUCUGAAAGAGACUGAAGCAAAGCACUUUGUCCAAAUUAAAGAUCUUGAAACGUGUAAUGCAGAUAGACAAGAUGUCAUUUUAAAGCAUGAGCAAGAGAUCCAGAACCAAGAGACGAGCAUUUCAGAGCUAAACCAGAAAUACACAAAGGUUUGUGAGGAUAGAGACAGGUUUCAGCAAGAGCUCAGAAGCUGUCAGGAAGAACUGCAGUCCAUUACUUCUCUCAAUACAAAGAACACAGAGCUUCAGUCAGUACUGCAGACUGAGAAAGAGGAGCUCUCUGCCCAGAAUGCUAAGCUGCAGGCUGAAACUGAAGUUCUCCGCAGGGAGAAUACCAACAUUUUGGCAAAUCUCAAUACCACAAUAUCAGAUAAAGAGUCUCUAGAGGCUGAAAAGGAAGAGCUUCAGAAGGAGCUUCAAACCACCAAGGCAGCAUUAGAAAAGUCUGGCAGGGAUAAUGCUGAGCUUCAAGCAUCCAAGGAGAGCUUUGCUAGAAUGCUUGAGGAGAUCAAAAUUAGUAGGGAAAUGACUGAUUCUGAGAGGCUUGUGCUCAUGCAGGAGAAGGAAAGUCUGCUUGAAACCCAGAGAAAGAUCUGCUCUGAGAAACAGGAGCUUUCUAAAGAAGUUGAGGUUCUUGUUGAAAAACUGUGUCUCAGUACAGAAGAGACCAAAGCUGCCAAUGAGAAAAUGCAGCUUGACGCAGACGUUUUUGCUCAGGAGAAGCAAAUUCUUCAGGAGAAGGUCUCAGAGACUGAGAAGACCCUUCAGACCUUUGAAGAAGACACAAAAUGCCUCAAGUCUGCACUUGAUAAGCAAAAUAGUGAACAGGAGCAUUUACAACAGCAAAUAAGCGACUUAAAGGAGAAGUUUGAAAAAGAAAUGUCUGAGAAGGCAUCACUCUUGGCAGAGCGACAGCAGCAAACUGCAGACCUGUGUAGCAUCAAAGAUGACCUACAGAACUCUCUGAAGGCAAAUGCGAAAUUAACUGAUGAGAGAACCAAUCUGGAAUCAGAUCUAAAGGAAAUGAAGCAGUUACAGGAGAAGCUGGAGUCAGAAAAGAUGAAACUGUCAGAGGAUAAUACCAGUUUACAGGAUCUUCUGGAGAAGAAGAAUUCUGAAACCGAAUCUCUGGAGAAGACCAAAAUCAGCCUAGCUGAGGAAAACCAGAAGUUACAGCUCAGAUUAGAUCAUAUGAAGCAGGAACUUGCCCAAAAUACAGACACGUUUGCAGAUGAUAAAAAGUCCCUUCUGUCUCAGCAAACAGAGUUAAACAGCACCAUUGAGGAACUAAGAAAGACACACAGUGAUCUACUUCAGCAAACAGAACAUCUCUCUAAUGAGAACAAAUCUCUCUCUGAAGCCAAGAAUUCUUUAGAAACUUGUCAGCAAACUCUGGAAAGUGAAAAGAAUGAGUUGUCUGCAGUUAAAGAAAACCUUUCUAAAGAGGUUGAGAAACUUCUGACAAGAAUAGCUGAGUAUGAAAAUGAAAAAGCUGGUCUCUUAGAGAUUCAGUCGAAGUUAAAUGCUGAAAUUGAAUCUUCCAGAACAGAGAAGGAGACGGAAAUGAAGGAGCAACAUUUGCUGUUCAACCGAGUAGAAGAGUUAAGGAACUUGGUGAAAGAGCUGUGUUCAGAGACAAAUAUACAGGUUCAGGACAUUCAGAAUUCAGCUUCUUGUAUUCAAAACAUUGAGGACUUCCUCUCUGUGCUCCAAAAGGUCAGAGAAGAGAAAACCUGUCUUGCUACAGAAAUUGAUGCUUUAAAAGCACAAGAGGAGAAAAAUGUUGAGGCUAGAUCAGGUAUGGUUGUUGAAAAAGACUUGCUUGCUUCCAAAAUUGAAGAACUGCAGAAGGAAACUGCUAACCUUACUAAGGACAAGAGUGAUCUCCAAGCUUUAAAAUGUUCUCUGGAGCAAGAGGUGUUGUCUCUACGUCAAAGCCUGGAAACCAGUGACCAGAAGACCUCUGACUAUCUGACAAAAGUAGAAGAGAUGAAAGAAACACAGCUUCGUUUAGAAGAACAGCUGCAGAACCUUCAGAGUGACAAUACUCAGCUGGAGGAGAAACGUAAAGCUGCAGAAAUAGAAGUGACCCGUCUUUCCGAGGCCCAGGAUGAGAAGACUUCCUGUCUGGCUGCAGUGCGAGCUGAGAGGGAUGCUCUGCGGAUUGAAAAGGAAGAAAUCAGCUCUGUGGUGGCUCAACUUGAGGCCCAAAAUAAAAGUGCUCUAUCAAAGCAGCUUGAGGCUUCAGAGAGUGCUGGACAGACUGCACAGGCCUUGGAGAGAUUGACUCAAGAAAAGCUUGCACUGCAGAAGGAGAAAUCAGAGGCCGAGGCUUUAGUGCAGGAAUUCAAAAACACUGGACAAGAAAUGCAGAGUCAGCUGAAGAGUCUGUCAGAAAAGAACUCCCAGUAUGAAGAAGAGCUGAAAAAAUCCAAAGAACUCCUGAGUUCUGAGAAUGAGAGGAUUAACAGUCUUUGUAAAGAAAUUGAGGAGCUGAAAAAGGCAGCAUCUGAAAACAGCUUGGUCAUGGAAACGAUAACAAAGGAAAAGACAAAGCUAGUUAAGGAACUCUCCAGCAGUCACAAAGAGAACGACAACAACCAAAAACUCAAGAAGGAAUGGGAAAGCCUCCAAAUUCAGUUGAAGGACAUGGAAAAGAGGGAGCAUGUCUUAAAGAUUGAACUGGACAAGGAGAAAUCUGCUCUACAACAAUCAAAUAAACAAAACAGUGCCUUGAUCAUGGAAAAGGACAGAGAACUGGAAACCUUGAAAAACAAGUUAUCGGUGCUUCAUGAAGACAGUGCUGCAGCAAAAUCGCUCCAGUCCACUCUGAAGUCUUUAGAGGGUGAUAAAGUUCAGCUGAAGGAGCGAGUGUGCACUCUGGAAAGAAGCUUAGCUGAAGCACGAGCAGGCCAACCUGGAGGCGCCCUAUCAGCAGGUCCUUCUGUUGUUGACCAGUUGAAGGAGGCAAAGGAGACAUCGGACAGUCAGAUUGAAUUCCUGAACUCUGUGAUUGUGGACCUGCAGCGCAAAAAUGAGGAACUGAAAGGUAAACUGGAGAAGAUGGCUGAGGCAGCGCUGAAUGGAAACACUGCCAGCGAGAUGGAUAAUCAUGACAGUCUGGCCGAGGCUAAAACCAAAAAGAAACCCCCUCCACGUCUCUUCUGUGAUAUCUGUGACUGCUUCGACCUGCACGACACAGAGGACUGUCCCACGCAGGAGCAGAUGCCCGAGUCCCCCCCGCACACCACCUACCACGGCAGCCCCAACGACGAGAGGCCUUACUGCGACAUCUGCGAGGUGUUCGGCCACUGGACCGACUCCUGCAACGACGACCAGACCUUCUGAACCCCGCCCCCUCCCUCCCCCGUUAUUUAAUACCUGCAGCACCACACGCGCCUUCAGAAACACACUGCACAAGUGUGCUCAUCUGUGUGUAGUGUGUGUGUGUGUGUGUUUUUGUUUGUCCACUGGUUUUCCACACCACGCAGCACAGUCCUCAGUUUAUAAUAUAUAAAUCAGCUUGUUUCUAUGAUUUAACUGGUUAAGGUCAGAUACCUGAUAUUGCUGUAUUUCUCAAUCAGAGAACGUUUAAAUCUGCCGUUCUUCUACAAACGGUUAAAAACACCGUUUUCAUCGUUUUUUUGUAAAACCCAGUAUAUAUAUAUAUAUAAUUUGACGGAUAAUGAAGAUGAAUGGUUUUAUCUAUUUACGGUAUGAUGGAGAUGUAGAGAGGAGGAGUCUGCUUUAAUCCAACAGUGCGUUCUGUAAACUGUUCAAUAACACAAAGGGCACAGAAUUCUCCUGAAUGUUGAAUAAACGGCGGGAAAAGGCGCUCUCUAAUCCUGAUGCACUUUACUCCCUGAUCCUCUUUCCCAUUUCUAGCGCUCUGUAGAACAAGAAGACCGUUCCAAUACAAGCAGAAUGUUCUUCAAGAUCAUAUCAAUGCUGUUACUUUAUAGUGAUUGUCUUUUGGAAUAUUAUAUCUGUACAAAAAUAAAGAAAUAAAUAUUGUUUAAAAUAUG